GAUAAUAUCAUAGAACUACAUAUAUUAUAAUAUUAUUAUUUUACUCAACAGGAAGUCCACCGGCAUCGGAAAAGCAUAUAUGUGGAAGAUUGCUAGUCAAUUAUUACUCAAUAUCUUUAUUCUCUAUUUCAUGUCGGCUAUUGAGAGAAUUUUAAGUACGAAGCAUACCGAAUAAAAUACACUAGAUAAUUAAUAAUUUUGUUUUCGAACGUUUUACAACUACGAAAUAUAUUUUACUGUCCGUCCAGCGUAAUCGUUUUGUGUAAUUUUGUUAUUUCCGCUGAAUUUCUGUGGACUCGUGUAUCAAAUAUUAUCUUUGCUGUCUGGUAGCAAUUGUGUGUGAUUUAUUUCGAACUCUGUUCUUUGGCGUGGCGUGUAAGUAUUAAAAUAAAAUAUUUUUAUAAAGAGAAGAGUUCUAUCCGUCCGUCACCAAUCAAAAUGUCUACUGACAAUACUGAUUUAGAAGAGAUGGUAGAAAAGACAUUGGAGUCCACUGGUGUUUUGUCAAAAAUGAGAGCUGAACUUCGAGCAAAUGUUUUCUGUGUUCUUGAAAAGGGUUCAUCUUUUCAGACCAAAUUAUGUACAGAUAAAGUUAAAGACUUUGUGUCUAAUAAAAAUGGACCAUUAUUAUUAUCCUUAGUGAAUGAUUUACUUGAUUAUUUAGAGUUAACAUUCACAAAAUCAGUAUUUGAUCCAGAAACUGGAGUUGGACAUCAGUAUCAGUACAUUGAUAAAGAUAAUAUUUUUGAAGAACUUUCACUUUCAAGAGAUGAUAAAAGACCUUUGUUAAUGCAAAUUCUUGAAACAUACCAAUCACAUUCUAAAUCAGUAAAUAAUACUAAGAACUACAAGACACAUUAUGAUGAUAACACUUAUGAAGGCUCUACAUUAGCUCAAAUAAUAAAAAAUAAUGCUGAGACAGUUAAAACAGUAUCUGAAGAUACGCCCAAAAUCUCAUCAGUUAAAUUAAAUUUAGCUAACCAAAAUGAACAGUAUAAUAAUCAUGCAGAAAAUAUAGGAUCAUUGUUAGCAACAAAUUUCAAUCUCUCUGAUAAUACUAAAUCAAAAGAUGUUGAAACCUGUGAGAGUUCAAAUAGUUCAAGCAAAAGUGAUAACACUGAUAAAGAUGUAAAAGAUAUAAAGUCUGAUAUAAAAAAUAAUAAAAAUGAGUCAAGUUUAGAAGACAUUGAGACUGAUGAAAAUGUUUCUUGUGGAAAUGAUAGUUUACCAAGUACUGAUUUAUCCUUCCAGGUUCAAAAUGACAGUCCUGAAAUGAUAUAACCCCAUAACAUACAUAUAUGAACAUUCCUAUGAAAAUUAACAAAGUAUUAUAUUUGU